AUGAACGAGGGAGGAAAGUCUCCACCGCCGUACUUGCCUCAAGCCAGUGACGAUCUUCCUCCUACAAGUGAGGAGACGAUGGGGCCAAUUGGCCCAUGGGCAACUGGUCGUGUCGUUUUCACUCCCACGGCCGGAAUUACAGGCGUACGACCUGUCGUCGAUCGUUACUCCGUUACUAGAUACAGUCCGGCUGAGUGGAGGGCACAUAAUCAAACUUUUUUUGAUAGAAACCGGAAGACCAUCGACGAGGCUCAGUUUGUAGCCGAAAAAACGAGAGAGAAUAACUCAAGAAUUUACAAGACAACCGACAAAGUGCAGUUGGAGAAUCGGGACAGACUGAGUAAGCGCUCCAGCGUGAUCCACCGGUGGAAAACCGAGCUGGAGAAGGCACUGCACGAGAUAACGGACGAGAUAGAGUUGCUGGAGGGUGAGCUGCGUCGUGUGAAGCAGUCCCUCUCGAUUCUGACACUACCGGAGUCCAUAGCCGGAGAGUUUUUGGACAUUCGCUGUAAACGACUGGAGCCCGAUCUCGUUAGGGAUAAAGUGGAAGAGGAAUUGGUGAAAGAGGUUGCUCUAUGCAACGAAGUGAGAAACACCCUGACGAGAACCAGAGAAUCCGUGGAGUAUCAGCUCCUGGAGUUGAAGACAGCGAAAUCGAGACUAGAAUUCGAUGUAACAGAUAAACUAGACGCCUACGAGAUUGACUCCCUCUGCGUGGGUCUGACGAACGAUUCUCCACUGAUUUUGACGAGACCAGGAGCCACUAGAGUACCCCCGGAGCAAUCAACUCCAGAGAGCUACGACCACUUCACCUCUGAAGCCCUGGCGACUGCUGAAGCUGUCAGGCAGCGGUCCAUUGACCUCCGGAACACCCUGGACGAAAUUUACGUGAAGGCUGUGAAGGAUCUGAGGAGUCAGGCCAUGCAGGUGGACAAGGAAUUGGCGGAGAAAGUCACUCAGACUGAGCAAGUCUGUCAGCAACUGGAGAAAGAACUUUCGAAGUGUCUGAAUCAGCUCUCGACGACAGAAAAUUUAAUUGAAGAGCUCCGAGGGGCAGCCAAAGGUCUCAAUGAGGCGCUAAAAGUGGCUCAGACUCGUCUCGACGAGCGUUUAUACCGAAGGAAUGUCGAAAGUUGUCGGGAUGAGCCCCAAUUCGGAUUGAUCGAGGAAGUGAAGACAAUCGGAGAAAACCUGUCUGUCAUGUCGGGACAGCUGAAGAGAGCUGAAGAGACUCAGGCGGAUCUCGUGAAAUCCCGAAGUGACCUCGAACGCGAAAUAUUUGUCAAGAGGAAGACACUUUUUGUCGACAGAGAGCGUGGACAAUUGUUACGCUCCUACUAUCCUUCAGCCGAGGCAUUAUCCGGUCUCGUGUAA